GGCCAGGGUCAUCCGGACUGUUCUGUGGAACAUGUGCACUUGACCGAUUCUGUUUGGCGAAAGGAAUAGAAAGUGAACAAGAAGUGAGCACCGGUGCGGACAGGCUGGUAACGGUCGUGCUUUCUCUUUUCGUCUCCAGAUGUUUCUUACGGUGUACCUCAGCAACAACGAGCAGCACUUCACGGAAGUACCGGUUACCCCCGAAACCGUAUGCAGAGAUGUGGUGGACCUGUGCAAGGAGCCCGGCGAGAGCGACUGCCACCUGGCUGAAGUGUGGUGCGGCUCAGAACGCCCCGUUGCAGAUAACGAGCGGAUGUUCGACGUCCUGCAGCGAUUUGGAAGUCAGAGGAAUGAAGUGCGUUUCUUCCUUCGGCACGAACGGCCCCAUGGCAGGGACAUUGUGAGCGGACCGAGGCCUCAGGAUCCAACUUUAAAAAGAAAUGGUGUGAAAGUGCCCGGUGACCAUCGAAGGACGGAGAACGGGGUUAAUAGUCCCAGGAUGGACCUGACUCUCGCUGAACUCCAGGAAAUGGCCUCUCGCCAGCAGCAGCAGAUAGAGGCCCAGCAGCAGAUGCUGGCCACUAAGGAACAGCGCUUGAAGUUUCUGAAACAGCAGGAUCAGCGGCAACAGCAGCAGGCUGCCGAGCAGCAGAAGCUGAAGAGGCUAAAAGAAAUCGCCGAGAAUCAGGAAGCGAAGCUGAAAAAAGUGAGAGCGCUUAAAGGCCACGUGGAACAGAAGAGACUAAGCAAUGGGAAACUCGUGGAGGAGAUUGAACAGAUGAAUAGUUUGUUCCAGCAGAAGCAGAGGGAGCUCGUCCUGGCCGUGUCAAAAGUAGAGGAGCUUACAAGGCAGCUCGAGAUGCUCAAGAACGGCAGGAUCGACGGCCACCAUGACAACCAGUCCGCGGUGGCCGAGCUCGAUCGUCUGUACAAGGAGCUGCAGUUAAGGAACAAGCUGAACCAGGAGCAGAACGCCAAGCUGCAGCAGCAGAGGGAGUGUCUGAACAAGCGCAAUUCGGAGGUGGCGGUGAUGGACAAGCGUGUGAGCGAGCUGAGGGACCGGCUGUGGAAGAAGAAAGCGGCUCUGCAGCAGAAGGAGAACGUCCCGGUGUCACCCGAUGGGAACCUGCCCCCGCAAGGGGUGUCAGCACCGAGCCGCGUGGCUGCCGUGGGUCCCUACAUCCAGUCGUCCACCAUGCCCCGGAUGCCGUCCCGGCCGGAGCUGCUGGUGAAGCCGGCUCUGCCCGACGGGCCCUUGGCCAUGCAGCCUGUGGAGGGGCCCAUGAAAGUCCACACGCUGCCCAACAUGAGAUCCGGGGCCUCGGCUCAGGCUAAAGGCUCAAAAAUCCAUUCACUCGGCCCUGACUGGAGUCCAAAUGCAGACCUUUUCCCGAGCCAAGCCUCUGCUUCUGUCCCGAAAAGCUCCGGGAACUCUCCAGACCCAGCCGAUGAUGGGGACGUUCCGCUGAGGGACAGAGAGAAGAAAGUGCGGCCCUUUUCCAUGUUCGACACCGUGGACCAGUCCGCUGCCCCGCCCUCCUUUGGGGCCCUGAGGAAAAACCAGAGCAGUGAAGAUAUCCUGCGGGAUGCUCAGGCUGCAAAUAAAAAUGUGAAAGUACCACCUCCCGUCCCAUCAAAACCCAAGCAGAUUAAUUUGCCUUACUUUGGACAGACGAACCAGUCCCCGUCAGACGUUAAGCCCGAUGGAAAUCCUCAGCAGCUGUCCACGGCCGUCGCGUCCGUGGGGAACAAACCCAAAGCCUCGGGGCAGCAGCCGAGGGUCCUGCUGGCCCCCGGCGCGCCCCCGGGCGGCCAGGACCAAGCCGGCCUCCCGGGCUCUAAGCAGGAAAGCCCGCCUGCCGCCGCCGUCCGGCCCUUCACUCCGCAGCCGUCCAAAGACGCCGCCCUGCCCCCCUUCAGGAAGCCCCAGACGGUGGCAGCCAGCUCCAUCUACUCCAUGUACACGCAGCUCCAGGCCCCCGGGAAGAACUUCCAGCAGGCCGUGCAGAGCGCCCUGACCAAGACGCAACCCCGAGGGCUGCACUUCUCCAGCGUCUAUGGCAAGCCUGUGAUUGCUGCCCAGAAUCAGCAGCAGCCCCCGGACAACAUUUACUCCAGCACCCAGGGCAAGCCCGGCGGCCCGGAGCCCGAAACAGAGCCGGCCUCUUCAGUGCAGGAGAGCCACGAAAACGAAAGGAUCCCUCGACCCCUCAGCCCCACCAAAUUGCUGCCUUUCUUGUCGCAUCCCUACCGAAACCAGAGCGACGCCGACUUGGAAGCCCUGCGGAAGAAACUGUCCAACGCGCCAAGGCCGCUGAAGAAGCGGAGCUCCAUCACUGAGCCCGAGGGCCCCAAUGGGCCGAACAUUCAGAAGCUGCUGUACCAGAGGACCACCAUAGCUGCCAUGGAGACCAUCUCGGUGCCAUCCUACCCGCCCAAGCCCACCCCGGUGACCGCCGGCUCCGAGAGCCCCGUGGACAUCCAGAACCCGUAUUUACACGGGGAGCCCGAGAAGGAGGUGGCAUCUCUGGUUCCCGAGCCAGUGUCCCCCGAGGAAGCUGGGAACGCCAGCCCAGAGAACAGCGACGUGCCGGCUCCUUCCCCGGGCCUUGAUUAUAUGCCGGAGGGAGUCCCAGACGCCAGCCCGAAUUUCCAGAAUAAUGUGGAAGAACCAAACCCAGAGGCUCCCCAUCUGCUCGAAGUGUACCUGGAGGAGUAUCCCCCUUACCCUCCACCGCCGUACCCAUCGGGGGAGCCAGAGGCGCCGGGGGAAGACUCGGGGAGCAUGCGUCCGCCUGAGAUCACCGGGCAGGUGUCGCUGCCUCCGGGCAAGAGGACAAACUUACGUAAAACCGGUUCCGAGCGAAUUGCUCACGGAAUGAGGGUGAAAUUCAACCCCCUCGCCUUACUCCUGGACUCAUCUUUGGAGGGAGAAUUUGACCUUGUGCAGAGGAUUAUUUAUGAGGUUGACGACCCGAGCCUGCCCAACGACGAAGGCAUCACGGCGCUCCACAACGCUGUGUGCGCCGGCCACACGGAAAUCGUGAAGUUCCUGGUGCAGUUCGGUGUGAACGUAAAUGCCGCCGACAGCGAUGGGUGGACCCCGCUGCACUGCGCCGCCUCCUGUAACAACGUGCAGGUCUGCAAGUUCCUGGUGGAGUCGGGGGCCGCCGUGUUCGCCAUGACCUACAGCGACAUGCAGACGGCCGCCGACAAGUGCGAGGAGAUGGAGGAGGGCUACGCGCAGUGCUCCCAGUUUCUCUACGGCGUCCAGGAGAAAAUGGGCAUAAUGAACAAAGGCGUCAUUUACGCGCUCUGGGAUUACGAGCCUCAGAACCACGACGAGCUGCCCCUGAGGGAAGGCGACUGCAUGACAGUCGUCCGCCGGGAGGACGAGUGCGAAACCGAGUGGUGGUGGGCGCGCCUGGACGAGAGGGAGGGCUACGUGCCCCGCAACCUGCUGGGGCUGUAUCCGAGGAUUAAACCAAGACAAAGGAGCUUGGCCUGAAACUUGAUAGAGUUGUAGUUAAUGAAGAAUUGAUCUCUGUUAUCACUAAGAAGAAGUAAUACGAUUGUUUUGGGCACAAACGUCACAAGACCUGUCUUAAUGACAAUGUGACUUGAAAGCCGCGGAGAAUGUGCUCUGGAAGAAAAUGAAGGAUCGAAGAUUCACUGUCCGUGGACGACAUGCGGCACCAGGACAUGGGGCUUGUAAGAAGCAAGCUGACCUCACUGCGCCGGGGGACAGGCGUUCCGGGGAGCACUCGGGGACACAGGGACAGCCUGUCUUUUGCAAGAAAUGGGACCAUUUGUGGGACGGCUGGGAAAUCACCUUCCUGUCCCGCUUGGUUGGAGUUGUUCAGCACCUGCCCCUGUGCCUGUCCCCCCACCGGAAAGGACCAGUGCCAUCACGGCGCCACCUCCGAUGGUCCCCCAGCACCAGCAGCCCUCAGGGGCCCCUCACGAAGGCUCGAAGGUACCGCACCCGGGUACGUUGUCAGUGGAGAACGGUUAGUUGGUAGCCAGUGAGCAAUAACUUUACUGUACGCGUUCUUGUAGCAUUUUAAGAAUUAUGCAUAUAUUUGAAAUACCGAAACCAAGUGACACUACAGAUAGUUAGGUUUAGAGUCCCGUUUUUAGGCUGAAUUUGAAUCUAUAUUUAUUGCCUUUUAUAUCUUGGACAUUAGAGACUUGUUACAGACUUACCCAUAUCGGUCAAGAUCAUAGCUGACUUUUAAAAACAAUUGUAAUAAAAGUAAACUUUUGGACUCUG